AUGGAUGGAUGCACGUGGGGAAUGCUGCUGUCAGCCACACCAGGGGCUCUGAACGAGCUGGUGGUGGGAGACACCAGUGGGAAGCUCUAUGUCUACAAGAACGACGACAGGAAGCCCUGGGCUGUGCGGUCCUGCCAAGGAAUGCUCACAUGUGUUGGCGUGGGAGAUGUAUGCAAUAAAGGAAAGAAUCUUGUGGUGGCAGUGAGUGCAGAGGGCUGGUUCCAUCUCUUUGACCUGACUUCUUCAGCUUCAAAACACCCAGAUGCUUCGGGGCACCACGAUCUGGCAGCAGCAGAAGAGCAGAAGCCAGUGUUCAAGCAGCACAUCCCUGCAAACACCAAGGUCAUGCUGAUCAGUGACAUUGAUGGAGAUGGGAAGUGUGAGUUGGUGGUGGGUUACACUGACAGGGUGGUGCGUGCCUUCCGCUGGGAGGACCUGUCAGAGAAUCCAGACCAUAUCUCUGGGCAGCUGCUCCUGUAAUGGCUGCUAGAAGGUCAGGUGGACAGCCUCUCUGUCAACCCAGGCCCUGACGGCUCUCCAGAGAUGAUGGUGUCUCAGCCAGGCUGUGGCUACGCCGUGCUGCUCUGCACCUGGGACUCUGAGCAGCAGGCCCCUGCCGAGGGAGGAGACAGCCCUGCCCCGAGCAGUGAGGGGCCAGCCCGGGACGUCGUCCUGCACCAGACCUCGGGGCGCAUCCACAACAAGAACGUCUCCACUCACCUCAUCGGGAGCAUCGGCCGGGGCUGCUCCAGUGAGAAAAAUGGCUCUGGUCUUUUUGCCCUCUGUACUCUGGAUGGGACACUGAAGCUGAUGGAGGGAGCAGACAAGCUGCUCUGGUCUGUGCAGGUUGAUCACCAGCUCUUCGCUCUGGAAAAACUGGAUGUUACUGGCAACGGGCAGGAGGAGGUGGUGGCCUGUGCCUGGGAUGGGCAGACGUACAUCAUCGACCACAGCCGGACCGUCGCCAGGUUUCAGGCGGACGAGAAUGUCAGUGCCUUCUGUGCAGGCCUCUAUGCAUGCAAAGGAGGAAGCAACAGCCCCUGCCUUGUUUAUGUCAGCUUCAAUCAGAAGAUCUACAUCUACUGGGAUGUGCAGCUGGAGAGAAUGGAGUCCACCAACCUGCUGAAAAUACUGGACUGUGACCCAGAGUUCGGGCACCUCCUGCGGCAGCUGGGCGUGGACAGAGAUGAUGUUUCUGCUGUCAAAGAGCUGAUUCACAAAACACUGUAUUUCCCUGAGAGCAGCUCCUCACAAAGUCAGGACCACACUGGAACAGACUCCUCUGCCCACAGCAGUGUCAUGCAGAGCCCCUUGUAA